CUCCAUGUGAGAGCGGUAGCUGCUGGUAAACACUCCCCGGGGCUCGGACAUGGCUCCCGGCGGUGCCCGUUAGACCUGGCCGCGGCGGUUCGCUCCGGACGCUUCUGCUUAUUGUGCUGCUCGCAGCCUCGCUUACACGUCGCUGCGGGCGCCCUCGGGCCGACGGGGGCGGGGGUCUGGUCUCCUCGCCCCUGUGAGCGAGGCCGACGGCCUGGGAGGCUCGGGCUGCUCCGCGGCUUUACAAUCCUGCCCCGCUGAGCCAAAACAAAGAAGCGGCAGAGGCGCCCCCGCCCCACACGCACCCGGAGAGCGGGCGGGAGCCACGGCCGGCAGCCUCCCGAGCGGCCGGCAGCCGCGCACCAUGUGGAUCCAGGUCCGCACCAUAGACGGCACCGAGACCCAGACCAUCGACGACCUGAGCCGCCUCACCAAGAUAGAGUGUCUGCGGGAGAAAAUCCAGGAGAGCUUCCGAGUGAGCCCCGAGCGGCAGCGCCUCUUCUACCGGGGCAAGCAGCUGGAAGAUGGACAUACUUUAUUCGAUUACAAUGUUGGACUAAACGACAUCGUUCAGCUUUUGAUACGGACUGAGUCUGAUGCUCCUACCACUUCCUUGACUAAUAAGGAUGGAGAAGUCAACCCGUGUGCUGUUGCCAACUGUAAGAACAAAGUCAAGAGAACAACAGGGAGUGGAUCGCCCAAUCAGCCAUCUACAUCUGCUCGGUCAUUUCUCAUUGAUCCUGGCAUUGGAUUGUAUAAGAUAAAUGAAUUGGUGGAUGCCCGUGAUGUCAGCAUUGGAGCCUGGUUUGAAGCUCACAUAGAAAAUGUAACCCGAGCAACAAAAGGACAUAAGAAUGGUAAAGCUCAAGCAAAAAGUGGCAAUACUUACAGAAGGACUAAUGGAAACUUAAGCCAAGAUCAUUCUAGAGAGAAUACAAAUAAUUUGGACAGUGCACCUUCAACAUCUUAUUCAGACUGUAUGGACACUGAUGAAGAUGCUAUUUAUCAUAUCAAGUAUGAUGAGUAUCCAGAGAAUGGUAUAGUAGAAAUGCGUGCCAAUAAUCUUCGACCACGAGCAAGAACCAUUUUGAAGUGGAGUGAACUCAAUGUGGGUGAUAUGGUGAUGGUUAACUACAAUGUAGAGACUCCAGAAGAGAGAGGAUUCUGGUUUGAUGCAGAAAUUACCUCUCUGAGGGAAAUCUCAAGGACUAACAAAGAAGUUCAUGCCAAAAUUCUUCUGGGAGGCCCAGAAGACGUAAUAAAUGAUUGCAAAAUCAUUUUUAUAGAAGAAAUGUACAAGAUUGAAAAGCCAGGAGCUUAUCCACUGACAUUUGGGGAUGGAGAUUUCAAAAGAAAGAGUGGCCCUGAGUGCAAGCACUGUAGGGCAGACCCAGAUACGGAAUGUCGCUUUUGCUCCUGCUAUUUGUGUGGUGGAAAACAGGAUGCUCACAUGCAACUUCUGUGCGAUGAAUGUAAUAUGGCCUACCAUAUAUACUGCCUGAAUCCACCUUUAAGCAAGAUACCAGAAGAUGAGGACUGGUACUGUCCUUCCUGCAAAAAUGAUUCUAAUGAAGUUGUAAAGGCUGGGGAAAAGCUCAAACAGAGUAAAAAGAAAGCAAAGAUGCCAUCUGCCAGUACUGAGAGUCAGCGAGACUGGGGCAAGGGUAUGGCUUGUGUUGGUCGUACUAAGGAAUGCACUAUUGUUCCUUCUAACCACUAUGGACCUAUACCUGGCGUUCCUGUUGGAACAACCUGGAAAUUCAGAGUUCAGGUGAGUGAAGCAGGCGUUCACAGACCCCAUGUUGGCGGAAUCCAUGGACGCAGUAAUGAUGGAGCGUAUUCACUUGUGCUGGCCGGAGGAUUUGAAGAUGAAGUGCGCUUACCCAGCUGCUGCCGCUGCGGGAGUUUGCCUCCGAAGGCAUCAAUGUGUCUCUGUUGGAGAAGUCACAUGAGGAGGUACUUGGUGUUGGAACAUUACUACAUCCCUGGAGUCAACCCCAACCCAAGCCCCAGGGCACAUGGCCAUGGCAUCCUAUUGAGUCAGCUGCUAUAUGGUCAAAGCUGGAGGGCACUGGCCCUAAACUGUGAUGCUCCAUUGGAUGAUAAAAAUGGAGCAGAGUCUAAGAAUUGGAGAGCUGGUAAACCAGUUCGAGUGGUGCGCAGUUCUAAAGGACGAAGGAUCAGCAAAUACGCCCCCGAGGAAGGCAAUAGAUAUGAUGGCAUUUAUAAGGUGGUGAAAUAUUGGCCAGAAAUUGGAAAAUGUGGAUUCUUAGUUUGGCGUUAUCUUCUGAGAAGAGAUGAUGUUGAACCUGCGCCUUGGACCUCAGAAGGAAUAGAACGGUCAAAGAAAUUGGGUCUGAAUGUACAGUAUCCAGAAGGUUAUCUGGAAGCCAUGGCUAGUAAAGAGAAGAAAGAUAAGGUUAAAAAGCAAACUGUGAAACAGGAGCCAACCAGACAGAGCAAUGGAAACCAGAAACGGUCAAUUGAUAAUGUGGGUAUAGAGGAGCCUAAAAACACAUCCAAAACCAUGAGAAUGGGAGAUGGAGGGAAAGGAGAGGCUUUUCAGCUAACCCAGCAACAGCAGUGGCUGAUAAGAGAAGACUGUCUGAACCAGAAACUGUGGGAUGAAGUGCUUGCUUCACUUAAGGAAGGACCAAAUUUUCUGAAGAAACUGGAACAAUCCUUUAUGUGUGUCUGCUGCCAGGAGCUGGUUUACCAGCCAGUGACAACAGAGUGCCUCCAUAACGUCUGUAAAAGCUGUUUACAGCGCUCCUUCCGAGCUGAAGUCUUCACCUGCCCUGCCUGCCGCCAUGACCUUGGGAAGGGCUACACCAUGGUUCCCAACAAGAUACUGCAGACACUACUUGACCAGUUCUUCCCUGGGUACAGCAAAGGACGAUGAUAUGUUCAGCUCCUACCUGACUUCUCCCAGUGACUAUAGACAAUAAAGGAGAAUAAACAUGGGAAAUUCAACAGUGGACCAGCCAACUUGAUGGGACUCAACAUAUUGUCACAUUCUGAAGCAGCUCUCUUCCCCCUACAGCCAUCUCUUUUGUGUAGUGAGAACUCAAAUUCUCAGCUGUCUUUCACCAUCAAAGGUAGUCUUGGCCAGUUGACAACUAGUUUUUAAAACAGAAAAACAAAAGCCUCAGCUCUGACUGGCCAACUGUAGCUGAUGCUUACAUUAUGUUGGUUUUUUGUAACUACCUCAGGACAGAGGAAGAUAAUUUGUGGGGAUUAAAAGAAGUUCAGUGAAGUUUUAGCUACACACUGCCUCCUGAAUAUUAGUUGUGCCUGGUCCAGGCAGUUUGAUUUACAAAAAAAAACAAAACAAAAAAAAAAAGCAGCACUUAAACCAGUUUGAUUAAAGAACAAAAAAUUCUGU